AUGAGUUUCUCAUGGGAGGAGGAGGAGUUGAUGGAGCAAUUCACAGGUUAUGAUUUACCAGCAAAAUAUAUUAUUCAUACUGUUGGGCCUGUAGGAGAACACGAAGAACUUCUCAAUAGUGCUUAUAGACGAUCAUUAGAAGUUAUGAUUGACAACAACCUUAAGAGUAUAGCAUUUUCAAAUAUAAGCACAGGUGUUUAUGGAUAUCCUCGUGUUGGUGCUGCACAAGUGGCUAUGAAAACAAUUAGAAAAUGGAUGGAUGAUUUUGAACAUAUUGAAAAGAUUGAUAGAAUAAUCUUUUGUGUUUUUGAGGAAAGUAAUAGAAAAAUAUACGAGGGAUUAUUGCCUUUAUACUUUCCACCACCACCUGAAGGUAGUGAUAAUGAUGCUGAUAUAUUAGAAAAACAAGAAAAAGAGAAUGAUGCUGGUACAGCAGAGAAACAAGAAGAGGUGAAUGAAGCUGAUACAGCGGAGAAACAAGAAAAGGUGAAUGAAGCCGAUACAGUGGAGAAACAAGAAAAGGAGAAUGAAGCCGAUACAGUGGAGAAACAAGAAAAGGAGAAUGAAGCUGAUAAAAUGGAGGAACAAGAAAAGGAGAAUGAAGCUGAUACAAUGGAUGAACAAGAAAAAGAGAAUGAUGUUGAUUCAGGAGAGGAACAAGAACAAAGUAACAAAGAUGAUAAAAUGGAGGAACAAGAACAAAGUAACAAAGAUGAUACAAUGGAGGAACAAGAACAAAGUAACAAAGAUGAUAAAAUGGAGGAACAAGAACAAAGUAACAAAGAUGAUAAAAUGGAGGAGGAACCAGAACAAAGUAACAAAGAUGAUAAAAUGGAGGAGGAAUCAGAACAAAGUAACAAGGUUGAUACAGUGGAGAAACAACAAAAAGAGAAUGAAACUAUUAACGAAAUUAAGCAAGAAAAUGAUGAUGAAACUAUUGAAAAUAAACAAGAAGAAAUUAAAUCAUGA